AUGGCGGCCUAUGGUGAUGAGUGGGACAGCUAUCUAUAUUCCUAUAACCCUUACAAAUAUUUAAAUCCUAAAACCAAGGGGUUAAGUUGGAGACAAAAAGGCUACCUGUCAAGUUAUGGAGAGUCCGGUGAAUAUUUUGAUAACUAUCAAAGAGCACAGCUCAAAUGCAUUUUGUCGCAGAUUAAUCCAAACCUGACACCGAGGCUAAGGAAAGCAAACACCAAAGACGUCGGGAUCCAGGUGAACCCUAAAACCGACGCUUCUGUCCAGUGUUCAUUGGGUCCCAGGACAUUAGUGGCGAAGAAGAGAGAGGCGCUGAGAUGGCGAAGGCAGGCGACUCCGAUAACGUCGGGAAGCCCUGUGAACAACCUCGACCAAACCGUGCGCUUUCCCAGGACGCUGGCCUUAUACUCUCCUAUUGCUGCUAGGAGGCCAACCUCCUUUCUCGAAGAAGAGAAAUACGACCGAGAAAAACAAGGGGACCCACCAGAAACUGCUGAAAAAGCCAAAGUACAAGAUGAUGACACUAAAUGCAGUCUGGAUGAAAAAGGAGCCUCGCCCGCAGACGAUAUAGCCAACAUGAAGAUGGGCGCUGGUGUCGGCGCAUCACAAGAAAAUAAAUCAAAUGGCGCCCAGAAAGAGGGACAAGAUGUUAACAGAAGUAGGGCGAGGGUGAGAUUUCAGUUCCUGGAACAGAAAUACGGUUACUACCACUGUAGAGAAUGUAAUCUACGCUGGGAGAGCGCAUAUGUUUGGUGUGUUCAGGGCACAAAUAAAGUAUAUUUUAAGCAGUUCUGCAGAACAUGUCAAAAAGCUUUCAAUCCUUAUCGUGUAGAAGACAUUACCUGCCAAGUCUGCAAACGGGCCAGAUGCAUAUGUACUGUGACAAUGCGCCAUGUGGACCCCAAGAGACCACAUCGUCAGGAUCUAUGUGGGAGAUGCAAGGGCAAACGGCUGUCCUGCGACAGCACUUUCAGCUUUAAAUAUAUUAUUUAA